AUGAAGCUGACAGCCAUUUUCGCCGCAAUCUCGCUCGCCUCCGCCGUCGCAGCGGCCCCGGUGCAGAAUACACCUCGGAACCUGAUCCCCGGCCUCCCGACCCCCAUGUAUGUGAUCGAGAAGAUGUAUCCAAGCUCUGGGAUCCCAAGGCUUGCGGGUAAGCUGGAGAAAGAGUUCCACCUCUGUAUGUUCAUGCUUGAGACACGGGAGAUUGGCCACGACUGA